AUGAUAACCAUAAUAUCUGACCCUCUUCUUAAUAUCCUAAAUACAUCUCUUAUAGAAGGAGAAUUUCCAGAAGCAUUAAAAUUUGCACUCGUAUUACCAAUCUAUAAAAAAGGCGAUCCUGAUGAUAUGAACAACUACCGUGCUAUUAGCUUACUGAUGAAUUUUUCAAAAAUCUUUGAAAUUGCUUAUAACAACCGUCUUACUAAUUUUUUCCACUCAAAUAAAUACUUCACCAAUAACCAACAUGGCUUCAUGAAAGGUAGAGGGAGGAUGUCUACCAAGUGGUACAAGCCCUCAAUGGAAUACUGAAAAAAUCUUGUAGCACCAGAACCUGUAGACAACGUAUAUGAAUUAUUUGUGACAUCAAUAAUUUCCCAUUAGUGGCAGAAAUUAUAAUCAACUAGGCUAAACCUGCGACUCCGCUAGUGUAUAGGUAAUUAUUUCACGUUACUGUGAGGAGAAUGAAAUUCAAUAUACGAGUACAAAGUGAUGCAAUAGUUACUUGAGCAAAUUUUUAUCCAACAUUUUGAUCCUGCAUAUUAGCCCUGACACAAAAGUCUCGAAACGGCUGUGUAUUUUCUCGGGUAAGGUAUUUUUAGAAAAGAUCAAGGUCAACGGUUAAAUUGACAUUGACCUUCAC